AUGUCUCGUCGUCAUAAAGCAAUGGAUGAUCCUGAUGGUGGUGGUAGUGUUUUUGUUGUUGAAAGUAUUUUAAAAAAACGUUUGAAGCGUGGUCGAGCUGAAUAUUUUGUGAAAUGGAAAGACUGGUCCCCUAAACAUAAUACUUGGGAACCUGAGGAAAAUUUUCUCGACGAAGGAUUAAUCCAAGAAUUUGAAAGGACACAAAGAGAUGCUUCCUCUAAAAAUGAUUCAGUAACCGAAACUUCGGACAAUCAACUACAAUCUAAUGAGGAUCUUGAUGUUGGUUCUAUUCACGAUAGGACCUUAAGGGUUUGUCCUUCACCACCAGAAAUUUGGAAAAACAAGAAUAAAUUGGUGGAUCAAAUAUUGAUCACGGAUGUCUUUGUCAAUGAUAUGACCAUUACUGUUAAAGAAUGUAAAACAGAUCAAGGUUUCUUCAUGGACAGAUCUUAA